UAUUUCUUCUUUCUCUCCUUCCGUCCGUUGUGAUCCGCAAAAGUGAGAAAUAUGGCUCGCGCGUUAUUUACGACCCGUCGACACCUCAAGAUGCUCCUGUUCGGCAGCCUCUUCAUCGCGGUCGCGGCCUCGGCAGGCGCCCACCCUGACCACAACAGCCUUCUGCUCGACGGCGAGGAAUUGCACAUGACCAGGGAUGCAAAUUACCAGGUGCUGGACAGGCACAAAAGGUAUCUCAUGUACCCGCCGAUGAGUAUUUUUCAGUUUACUUUUUUGUACGCACUUCCUUUUGAACUGAUGAGAAAUAGAAACUUGGUUGUGGUGUUGGGUGGGCAGAUCGCCUUUGACCUGCCCAAUAAUAUCACCAGACUCACGGUUCAGGAUAUUGCUCGACAAGACAUUGCCCAGCCUUCAAUAUUGAAAGCUGCUGAACUGAUUUUAGACCAAAAAGGGAUUCCUGGAAAAAAGUGCAUGCUUUUAGCAAUCUGUGAAUUGGCCAAAACUCCCUUCGAAAGGGAAGCUGGCCUUCUUGAAGACAUUCUUCACAUGGUUUUAACUCCAAGUGAGGGUGCUAAAGAUGACGGCUGGGCGUCCAAAUCGGAGAUGGACGAGUACCUGGAAGCCGAGUACACAGGUCGUGACGACAUCAAGCCCUGCGUGGAGGCGUACCCUGAUUGCUCCUACUCCAUUCUCGGCGCCUUCUCACAACUUAUGUUCACCUGACGCAGUCGGCCAAUAAAACGUGUUAAUUUUC